AUGGAGAGAUUUGUCUAUCCCCCCUACAGUGUGUACCAGGGGUACAGCGGCACCUUCACGUCCAGCCACAGCAGGGGCUCGGUGGGCCCCAAACAGAAGCAGCCCAACUGGAAGCAAAGCAAAGGCAGCAGCCCUUUCCUGGGCGUCCCCACCACCCCUCCCGUUGACUACCUGGACAGCUACAAGCAGGUGCAGCUCAAGGGGCUGCUGUCCCCAGUGAGCCUGGGCCUCACCCCACGGCUCUGCAAGGCCAACACCAAGGAGGUGGGGGUGCAGGUGAACCCAUGGGUGGAUGCUUUGGUGCAGUGCUCGAUGGGGCCCCGAACACUGCAGGGCGGCCGCCCACAGAGCCCCUCGGCCUGCUUCAGCCAGGUGGCCCCGGCCAUCUACUCGCCUGGGUUGAACCGGCACCUCUUCACCCUGCCCAAGGCGGCCGGGCCUAAGGUGGAGCAGGAGGCACUGCCCACGGCCCUGGAGAGGAAGGAGGGAGCCGACGGGGAGCAGGCGGCGCUGCAGCCGGAGGAAGACCCCAGUGAGAGGAGCCAGGCGGAGGCCACCGCCCCUACCCAGCUGUCGCAGUGGGAGGAGACUUAGAAGGCGCCGCUGGGAGGAGGGCUGCUGAGACGGAGAUCUGCCUUCCAGUUCUUGGAACAGAAGUAUGGCUAUUUUCAUUGUAAAGACUGAAAAACCAGAUUGGAAAGCACCUAUGUGUGGUGCAUUUCUGGAAGUAACAAGGUUUACUUUAAACAACUCUGUUGCAAAUGCUAAAAGGGCUUCAAUCCUUACUGAGUGGAAGCAAUCCAGUGCCAGGUAAAUUAUAUGAAUGGUGAAAGACACUCUAAGAACUGUAGCAAAUUCAGGAGACCUUAAAAUUAAUUACAAGGUCCAAGUUAGUUUGUCACCCUUUCGGCUAUCUUCAGUUGUAUAUACUGGUCUUUAAUCCAAGCACCCUCAUGGUUCAGGUAUGACUCCUAGCUUGGAUAACUGCACAAAUGAAGACCCUGAUUCCUGCAAACACUCAUGCACAUGUGUACUUGGUAGGCUGAAAUAAUUUGACUACUUUUGCAGGUCUUUAGCUUUACAUGUAAGUGUCUGCAAGACUUGGGUCUAAAUCAUUAUGAUUUGUUGCUAGGUGAUAGCUAGGUUCCAUAGUCAAAGUCUGCUUCUGGGAAACAACAAAUGUGCACACAAAUUUGGACUGAAGUAAUGUCAAGUAUGAAAACAUGAGUAACUUACCUCAGUUCAUAACUGAAGAAGUCACUAAUACUUGACAGAAGGCAGUUCUUCACAUUGGCUGGAAUCCCACUCUAAAUUCCUGUACCAAAAACUUCAGUUGGCCUUCACAGUAGUUGUGGUGCUUGAUUAUGUUUAGUGUGGCUCUGGUAAUUGCUGAGGCACUGGUAGAAAAACUCAGUUGUGCUGGGAAGUCUAGAACUCCUCUUUCCUUAGUAAUGUGACAAAAAUAAAGUAUUGCAAAA